CUAUUUCACGUUUACACUGACACCAUACCUUUAUUGACUUCCAGCAAACGAAACGCGGAGCCGUACACCGAAUCGUAUUCGUCAAGAAAACCGAAACCUUCCCACAAUAUAAACAAAACCCAGAAGAGUAAGAGGAAGAGGAAGAAGAAGAAGAAGGGCAGGGGAGAGAGGUGAGAGGAUUUUUGUGAGAUGGGGUUCAAGAAGAAUCGGUGGAUGUUCUUCAAGAGGCUGAGGAGGGAGACGUGGAGGUGGAACUUCCUCGGGUCUGCGUUCAAGUGGAGGAGGAUGAAUCUGUUACAGAUGUCUUUUUUAGACGACGUGAUUUUCAGGAUUUUGUCCGUGUUUGAGGCUAUUGUGCUCGUUGCCACGCUGUGUUUCUUCUAUCUCUGUUGCGGCUGCCAUUUUUGAGUCCUCUGUUUCUCUGCCUACAUAUGUAUCUUUGCUCUUUUUUUACAUCUCUAGCUAUUUUGAUUUCAACUGGUGGCGGGGGAAAGAAGAGAGGGGGGAUUUGUGUGCUGGAUUUGUAGCUGUUUGGUGGUUUUGUGGGGGUCUCUCUCUCUCUCUCUCUCUCUCUCUCUCUCUGGUUUUGAAUGUUCUUGGGGGGUUUCAGUGAUGGGGCUAGCUAGUUUGGUAUUGACACCUGGUAGUACCCAAGAAUUAUGCUGAUGUAUACAUGUUUAUGUACAAAUUAAAUGCUGGGUAAAAAAAAAAAAAACCAGUUGAAAUUGUGACUCA